AUGAACUCGAAACUCAUAUUCAUGUAUACCAACGCGCAAAGUGUACUUUAUAAACUGGACGAACUCCGUAUCCAUACCUACGACCUCCAUCCAGAUGUUAUCUCAAUAACAGAAACAUGGUUGUCCGAACAGGUUGAUGAUAGAGAGCUCAUGCUCCCUGGAUUUCAACUGUUCCGCCGAGACAGAGAAAACAGAAUGGGUGGAGGCAUAAUAACAUUUGUUAAGAACGGCUUGCACGUUUCAGAAAAAACUGCCCAACUGACUUGUAGUACCGAAGCAUUAUGGCUGACCAUAAGGGCACCGGGCUCUCAAAGUCUCGAUAUCUUGACAGUAUAUCGCCCCCCGAGAAAUGACCCUGACGCUGAUGCCCAACUGCUGGAGGAGCUCAGAUUAUUUUCAACGCGACCGACCACUCUCAUCGUUGGAGAUUUUAAUGCACCUCACAUCGACUGGAGCUCGGCCUCAGCCGACUGCUCUGAAGCAGCAUUUGACCAGCAGCUACUGCGUACCUCCGACAACCUGCUUCUCACACAACACGUAAUGUUUCCAACUAGAGUUCGAGAGGGCCAACAGAUGAACUGCCUCGAUCUUGUGUUCACCAAGUCGUCUGACAACAUCGACGUUGUGAAUUGCCUCCCCCCGUUGGGUCAAAGUGACCAUGUAGUUCUCAUGUGGGAAUACACGUUAUUUUCCCUUCCUACACAACCGCUCGAUUCCCGACCCAAUAUUUGGCGCGGAGAUUUCGAACAGAUGAAAAAGGAUCUUAGUCCUAUCGACUGGGCAUCCACUCUCUCCAGCGAUGUCGAAGAGGCUUGGUGUUAG